GUGUGAGUUUCAACCAUAGCGGCUUGUUUGUACCGAGUGCAACUCGUGAAAGUCAACUCCGGACAGUUUGGUUUAUCAUUGGAUAAGGUAAAGUGGGCUCGGAACUUUUCUUUUCUUUCUUUUCUCUCACGUUUUCAUGACAAUCGAGAUCUUGUAGGCACAGGCAACAGUUGUCACUGAAUUCAUCGCCUACCACAGUUUUUCCCGAAUUGUGAUCUUUGUUUAGGUUCACGUUCAUCGCAAGGAAGUGAGUAAAGCCGAGUUCGGGCGCACCCCUCGUCGUUAAGAUCGGUAGAGUUUCAAGUAGCCUUUAUUCAGAACAUCUCUCUAUAAGCGGCAUGAAAAUUUGUGAUCGAACAAAUAUGACGAUGACGAGGGGAUUUUACAUUUGGAUUUGUCGUCCUCGCUCAAGUCAACAUGAAAGAGUUGAAUCAAUAGGGUGAUGUAUAUGCGUUCUUCAAUGUCCGGAAUGUAGCCACAAAUUGGUUUUAUCCUUCAGAGGGAGUGCGGUUGUUAUAUUUGAAGGUAUUUUGUCAUCAGACCUCUUCCUUUUGCGUUCCUGAGACGUAAAUGAUUUCAUUUUAUUAAAGGAGUUCCUACGCUUUUCGCGGGGCUGCACAGUCGCGGCACUUAACGAAACACGAGACUUUGAAAGCAAGAAUUUACAUCGAUUUGCGUCGAUAAUUUCCGGCGAAAGAGAGCAAAAGUGUUAUUUUAGCUCAUCAACGGACAAUGUAUAGUUUAAACGUUCAUGUCGUGUGUAAGUAUUCUUUUGCACUUCUCUGAUUGUGGAAAUAUUAUUAUUUUGGCAUUUUGAUUCCCGUUUUUGAUGUGCAAUGUUAUUGAAAUUGUUUCAACGUGUCCGAGGAUGGAGCUGAUAUGAAGCCGCUAUUAUCUCGUGCCCAAUAUUGUCCAGGUUUAGCGGUGCCUUGAAAAAUUGUUUCGUAAUUUCCGAGCACUAUAUUACUAUUUUAUGUGUUUCAUUGAUGUUGUUGUACGUGCUUGAGUUUUGGUUUUGUUUUUCAUGAGUUGUCAUUGAGUAUAGUCGGAUCAAAAUUAUGCACGCCUACAAAUUAUUAUUACACCUAUACGUGAGGAUAUAAAGGUGAUGUCAUGCUAGAAACGCUGUGAGUACCUUGUUUAAUUGGACAAUACUACUAGGAUCACAUUGUCAUAGUACAGAACUGAGAUUGUAGCAAACUGACUGACACACUUGAUAUUUUCGUCCAAUUUUUUGGGUUGUACAUGUAUGUAUGGUGAGAUGUUUUUAUUGUUAUUAAAAAUACAGAUAUUCCUGAAGAAAACUGUUAUACAUAUACAACACACAUAUUAAGAAACAACUGUUGUUGUAGUCCAUAAUCCUGCAAAAUAUGAUCACCAAAAAUGAAAUUUCCUAGCAACACUGGUGCUCAUGAAAUAUUUUAUACAUGUUAGCUUUUUAUCGGAAAAUUAAGGAUUCGUUUUGAAAAAAUAUAUAUAAUCGUUAAUUUUUGACCCUUGUUACAAAGGGCUAAUUCUUGGUUGCUUCAUAUUAGACUGUCAUAUUUAAUACUAGUGUGCUAAAUUUGCUAUGUGUUCAUACGUGUAUUGAUCAUUUGUGCAUCUGUUGAUGUUGUGUUUUAACUUGAUAAGAAACUUGAUACCCUACUUCCUCUCUGGAUUUAUUUCUUACAUGUAUGUUUUAAACCAGAGCUGGGAGGUUCCAUUGUGCAUGUGGUUUUGCUUUUAUAUUUCUGUUGACAUGCUCUUGGUUUCUAGCUGGUGUACUUGUACUUAAUUGCAAUGUACGGAAGAUGUGUAUUGUUUCAAGAAGUAGUUCAGGAUCAACAAUGUCAUUAUGUUUAAAGUACUCAUUAAAAAACAGCCAGAAACAAUGGCUUUGUUUAAUAAUAGUUUUAUGGCAGUCAAUUAUUGUUUUUGAAUUUACUUUGUUAAAUUCUAGGUUACCAAUAAAAUAUUGUUUCAAAAAAAUGUAGAAUAAGAUAAUGAGUCAUGUUUCACCUGGUAACUAGUUUUUUCAAUGUCGCUAAAUGUUUAAUUAAUACUGAGAGCUAGGCGUAGCUGUUUAAGAUUGAAGGAUUUUUAAAAUAGUGUUUAUGAAAGUGAAUUUGAGGUCAAGAUGAUUAUUAAAUUAGGUCUAUUUUUAUUUUUUUUAUUUUUAUCACAUUUUUACCAAUGUCUAAUAAUUAGGGCCAGUUAUUUAAACAGAGUUUAGCCGGUGUUUAACAAAACUGCGUUCUAAGCCAUUUUCAGUUUGCCAAACACUUUUGUGUAAACACCAUGUAUCAUGAAUGGUUUCAUGAAAAUAUUUAGAGUAGACUAGAAAAGUAUUUCUCGAUUUAAAAUAACCCACUGAGGAAGAGACUAGAGGUCCAAAGAUUUGUUAGAACGUGGUUUAAGUUAGACUUCAUUUAAAAAACUGGCCCUUGGUUUAAAAAACUUUUUCACUUCAAGUUAAGUUAAACUGCAAGACUCCAAGAGAAAACUCAAACUCAAAAUGUAGAAAUUCACGAAAAUCCCCUAAUUUCACUUUGUAUAAUACUGAAAAACAAAGUGGCAACUAUGUAAGAUCGUUAGCGAUUAAUGGCGUGGAAACAUUUGGAAUUUGUGCUCUUAAAAUCAUGCCACCAUUGUACCACACUUAGAAAGCAAGGGUACAGAAAUGGUAAGAACAUUCACCCUCCUAUUGUGACAUAGGGUCAUAUUUCCAGAGAAGAUGCCAUAUGUGGGUUGAGUUCGUUGUCAGUUCUUGAAUAGGAACUUCUUCUUGCCAUAAGAGGGUUUCCUCCUACUACUCCGGUUUUCCCCUCUCCUCAAAUACUAGCAUUUUUCCAUUCCAAACUGAUCUGGAAUGUGGUAGACAAAAAGCCACGGCAUGAAUAUUCUCCCACUAAAAUCAUAUUUAUUUUAUUUAAAUUAUUGAAGUUGGAACUGCAUGUCACGUGCCCUCCAUUGAUUCGGAAAAUAAAGAAAGUUUCUUUUAUAUCAGGUGAAUUUGGGGGUCUAUUGUGUGGUAACAUUAUUUUUCAUAAUACCUGUGUGGCGUUGCCUACAGUAGUUGUCUGCUGUUAAUGAUAACACUUUCCUGGUCUUCAUAUUUCCUCAGGCUUUAGACAAGUGUUCUCAGAUCUUUUGUGGACAGGGGGGUCCUGAUGCGGCUAUGCCCUUAGCCAAGGGUGGACUUUUUAGGAAUCCGGAGUAUGCAGGUUUAUUUGACGAGCAAGACCCGGAAAAGCUUUUUGCCGAUCUACGGGAAAUUGGUCAUGGCAGCUUUGGUGCUGUGUACUAUGUAAGUGCUGAGCUCUUUUUUUUUUAAAGUUUUGGUCAUUUGCCCUAGGUGGUUUAGAAUCUCGGGCUGAGAACUCUAAGCAAUCUCUUGGGCAACUUUGUUAGUAAACUCUUUACCAGCAAGAUACAUUUAAACACACCUGUACUGUGUGCUGGCCAUCAGUGUGUCUCAAAUUGUGGCUUUCCCUAGUCUAGUCCUUAUUCUCUACUGUGAGUCUGUUAUAUGAUGGAUUGUGCAGGUGUUCCAAUAUUCUGCCUGAUGAUGACUUGCAUUUUACAUCUUUCAGGCCAGGAAUGUCAAAACAAAUGAAGUCGUGGCAAUCAAGAAGAUGUCCUACAGUGGCAAGCAGUCUAGUGAGGUCAGAUUACUAGUCAAACUUCUCCUUAUACAGUACAUGUAUCAUCAAUAUAAUAUUACCUCGCUGAUGGCAUUGAGGGUAAAAAAAUGCUAUUAAUUAGUGCUUACAGCUGACUCAGUGUUACAUGUACAUGCAGCUCUUAAUAAUAAUAAUAAUAUUAAUAAUAAUAACUAGUAAUAACCAAAGAUUACGGAGUGCGGGCGACAACGAUCAAAGGUCAAAAUGCUUUUGCUUCAGGGCUGUGCGUUGCGUAAGUUUCACGCAACAGAUGGUCAAAACACGCGUGAUCAGAUUGUGAGUGGUAGAAGGUCCAAACUGAUCAAAUUGUGUUCUGUGCAUUCCAUGCAUUCUUAGUGGAAGUCCAAACGAAUGCUGGCUACAUACAUGUGAUGGAUGUGUCAUAACAACCUGAAGAUUAGGAUGGCAGGCUCCUCUUGUCGCCUGUGAUAAUAAUAAUGAUGAUGAUGAUGACGAUGAUAACCAUGACAAUAACAAUGAUACAGUAGAACUUUGAAUUCCUAUCAGUGAAGGAGUGAAAUUAAAGUAUAUUUAGGUGGCUCUAUCACAGCAAUGUUACCUGUAACUUGCAAUUUUUCUUGCAUAUAAGAUUUAAAGAGAACGUGAAGUAAAAAUUGACCACCAUAUGAGUUGAAGUGAAAUAAGUAGGCUGCUGCUUUCAAUUACAUUUCUGAUAGACUCUGUGAAGGCUUAGGCAGGGGUUUCAAUAAAAAUUGAAGUAGCCAACAGGUUUGAAUAGAUUAACCGACUGUGUGGAAAGGAGGCCGUUAGUCCCCUUUUACGAAGGAAGAGUGGGGGGGGAGGGGGUGUCUGGGGACAUGGGAGGUAGCCGACUUUUAUGAGCAAAGUAUUGAAACCCCUGCUUAGGGAUUAGAGCUUUACAUAAAGUAAGUGCAACGAUGAUAUUUGACUGUUUGACUGCCAUGGAUGUUUGUAGUACAUUGUGUAAAUGUUUGAUUGUUGAUACUUUUGAGUGCUUGUUUUCAUUAUUGUUAAUAUUUAUGAGCUUAGUCUCCUAGUUUAGAGUUUUAAUCCUUUUCUGUUGAUAAUAUUUCUUUUUGACUUGUAGAAAUGGCAGGAUAUUGUGAAGGAAGUUAAAUUUCUCAAGCUUUGUAAUCACAAGAAUACUAUCAGCUAUAAAGGAUGUCAUGUAAAAGAGCAUACAGCAUGGGUAGGAGUGAUAAAGUUGUCAAUGUGGCCAAAGUGGAAAAUCCCGUAAUAUUCUUUAAAUUUCCAUUUUGGUGUCGCUUCAUGUAAACCUAUCUUUUGCAAUAUCUUUUGUUGUCUGCAUGAUUUGCACGUGCACCUCGUUCGUUUGCAUACACUGCACAAGCAGUUCAUGCAAAAAACAAAAAAAAGAUUGCAAAAGUAAGUUUUAUAUGAAGAGCCACCCAAACAACAGUUUUAAGAAUAUUAUGGUCUUUUCCGGUCUGUCCACUACUUAAUCAUUCUGGGGAGAGAGGGUUGGGGUAAUGUUUACAUGCACUGUAAUUAGUUGUUCAAGAACAAAAAUAUACCUAGACUUAUAUUUUAUAUCUACUAAUUUGAUGUAUACAUCUAAUAUUGUGGAAGAAGGAUGACGAUACAUGGAUACAAGUAUGUGAUCUUUGCAAUAAAAUAGUCAUCCCAAGUUAGAAAAGGACCUGAAUAGGUUCAUCCACUUGGGUUGAUGAUUUAGCUGCAAAGCUACAGCUGUAGCAGUAACGUAUGUUUGUAUACUUUUCCCCCUUGUUUCUUCCACAGUUCUUUGAUUCAUGUCGUGAAUUCAGUUUGUGGAAGAAACUGCAAAUUCAGAUGCUUUACCAGAAGAUGUAUUUUAAUGUGACACUGUGCCUUCAACAUUUGACUUAAUAUUUUUUUCCUUUAUUUUGUCCUCAUUAAGAACAGAAAAACAGUGAGAGUUUUCAGUGUGGUUGGUUUGGAACAAAAUCAAUAAUUUGAUAUCUUUGAUAAGUUACAUUGAAACAGUAUCCUUUGCUUGCAGCUGGUAAUGGAAUAUUGUGUAGGAUCAGCAUCAGAUAUUUUAGAAGGUGAUUAUUUUAGCCAUGGAAAGAUUUUUGUUUGUGGCAUAGAAUACACAUAGUAAUUCUUUCUUACUCAAUUGUUUCUGAGAUAGAAUUGUCAUACAGUUCUCAGGUAUGCAAAGGAAAUAGCUUAAAAAUAAAAAAGAUAUACAAACACCUUUAGUCAAAUAAACCCCCCAAAACAUGUAUUAAUAAGGAUCUUUGAAACUUAUUGCCUGUGCUUAGAUUAAAAUUAUGUCCUUGGUUUUACAGCAACCAUUGUUUUUAAGGUGCAAAAAUUUGUUCAGUCUGUGAAAGGGGUUUUAUGUAUGUAAUUUCUAGGCUUAUGAUUUCAGUUUCUGAUUACUUCAGCUAUAGUCUGGAAAUAUUGAUAAGUGUAUCCAAACGAAACAUUGACGUAGUCACUUGCCAGUGCAGUUGCAAUAUUAUUGCAAUAAUGCACAAAGGUAGGGGAAAUGGGCAACAAAAAACAUGCAAUUUGUUGUAAAACAUUUCUGCAAAUUGAGUUGAAGGGUUGUUGUGUGUUUUACCACCUACAUCAAACUUGUGUUGCCACAAAUCAGGUUGUUAACAGUUUUGAAUGUGGCUGGUAAAAUACUCAACAGUGCUUUUCAACUUGUUUUGCAGCAAUGUUGCAAAACAAGUUGCACAUUGUUGUUACCUGUUUUACCAAAGCUUAUGUUACUUCUUUUUGCAGUUCACAAAAAGCCCCUUAGAGAAGUUGAAAUUGCUGCAAUAUGUCAUGAUGCUUUACAGGUAAUAAAAAAAUCGAUUUUUUCAUGUUUUUAAGCUGGAAAAUGAUAGAAUGCCAAUUUUUGAAGCAACAGUGGUUCCUUCCUCUACCCUUCAGUCUUCCCAUAUUUUGUGAACAAACGUGUGCCAUGAUUAUUGAUGCUUUUGGGAGUGACGACUCUCUUGCAAAUACCAAAACGUUAAUGACAGCUUUUUCUUCUGUCAUGUAUCAAAAUUUAAUGGUUCCUGAAGUUUCUGAUGCGUUUAAAGUGUAUUAAAUUCAUAAAAUGGGAUAACAAAUAACAGUUCAGAAACACAACUGCAGAUGCAACCUUUAUCUUCGGAAUCAAAAUACAGCUGUUCAUCUAUAAACAGUCCUUGUGAUUGUGGUUUUGUUGUGUUGCCAUCAUCGUUAUUAGAAGACUAUGUGGAAGAUGGUCUUACAUUAAUGUCAUUUUACAACUCUUUUUCUGUUUACUUAGGGACUAAGAUAUCUGCAUAGAAAUGGCAGAAUUCACAGAGAUGUGAAAGGUAAGCUCACCAGAGAGAUAUUUACUUCUCUGCUUUUAUGUGCUGUAUUACCAUAGUGUACUUCUGUUAAUAUGCAUUACCAGCCUCAAAAAUGACUGUUAAGUUCAUUUAGCUUGUCCUUUGUGUUAUUGUUUGAAAGUUCAUUUUCAUUCCAAAAGUCAAGAGCUCAUCAACCAAAUCCUUAAGGUGUGAAAAAUUUUUACUUUUUAAAAAGUGGGUGCCUAGUUUUUCUUUUCUUAUUUUCUUUUAAUUUAUACAAGGUUUAUUGUAAAUUUUCAGUAUGGAGGCAUUAUGUUGUGUAAAUAAAAUUAAUUGUCUACACUUGUAAAUUUUUCCUUUUAUUUCAGCUGGAAAUGUUCUUUUGACUGAAGAUGGGACAGUCAAACUAGGUAAGCUCGUUAAAUUUUUUCUCAUGCACAGUACAAUCCUGCAAAAAGUACCUUGCAUUUUUAUCAACACUUGUUAGUCCCCAGUUGUUCGCAAGGUGGAUAACACUAUCCACUGAAUUAAUCUCUACCCAGUGCAUAUGAUGAUAGUUUUCCCUAAUACUUAUCUGACUUAUACAUGUACUUAUCGUAUACAUAUCGUUUAUCUUGUACUUGUAGUUUAAACUUUACUUCCCUUUGUUUUAAACUCAUUAUUAUACAUUACCAUGCCCCAAAACAAAGGGAAAUAAAAUGUAAACCAAGGAUAAAAUUGAACCACAACUUAUUUAUCCAGGAGCAGGUCCCCAUUGAACAUUUUUUUAUGUGACUGCAAUUUAAUAAAGCUAUGCUAGUUAAAGAAAUGAUAGCACAAUGCAUAGUUAGGCUGCUAUCAAAGAGGCAUAUUUUGUUUUGUUCAUGUAUAUGGGAUUUCUCUUCCUUUAAGUACAGCUGUAGCAUUACAGAUGUCUUUUUUUUUUUCAUUUAGCGGACUUUGGUUCAGCAGCUCUCUUGGCUCCUGCCAAUUCAUUUGUGGGAACACCAUACUGGUAAGAUAAAGAUCAAAUCAUAGUUCAUGAGAUACAUACAAUACAUAUGUGCCAAGACUUUUUGUGUGUGUUGAGUAGUUGUAGUACUUCAGUACCUUGUAGCCAAUUACAUGUAACAGUUAUCACUUAAGGGAGUGCAGGGGAGGGAAGGGUCUGGUGAAGAGCGUUUGUUUGUGUCUGACAUGAUGAUGAUGGCGGCAUUUUUUCUUGGUGUGGCCUUUUUCGUUGUCAUUUUGCAAAGGACAAUCAAAAACUUACAAAGCUGACUUCACAGACCCCAUUUUGCCCCUAAAAAUUAAUAUCAAGAUCCAAUUCUUUAUGUGCAGUUUCCAUGGCCACAUGGGAUGUUUGAGCAUGAACAGGUUUUUUAGGGGAAUUUUAAUCAUUAGUUUGGUUUUUGUUUCUCAGGAUGGCCCCAGAAGUGAUCUUAGCCAUGGAUGAGGGACAGUAUGAUGGGAAGGUGUGAAAAGAAGUCUUAAUGAAAACAUUUCUAAAUUUUAAACAUUUACAUAAUAAUUAAGAAAUAGCUAACUAAUUAAUUUUGACUUUGCUUUUGUAGGUGGAUGUGUGGUCCUUAGGAAUUACAUGUGUUGAAUUAGGUAAGGUUUUCCAAACUGGAGGCAACCUUUUUACGCUUGUAGUGUUUGUCUUGUUAAAGGGCAGGUUGGUCAGAAAUUACGAAAUGCUGAAACAGUUCACCCUUACUCAAUACAGCAGUCCAAUAAAGUACAUGUAAAUAAAAAUUACCAUGAUGUUCUUUAGUCCCUCAAGUGCAUAUUGAGCUCAAAUCUAGAAAGUUUCUCUUCUUGAGUUUUGAGUUAGAAAUGUAGCUGAAGGACGUUUCUCCUGAUAUUGAUUUUGUCCCUACUAUGACAUUUUGCAUUGUUCACAUUUCCUGUUUUGUCUCUUGGCCAUUAAUUUUAUAAUACUGACCACCAUGAUGUCCUACAAAAAUAGUUUGCAGGCUUGAUGUAUAAGAAAAACCUGCAUGCAGUAAAAUGUUCCACUUAAUCCCACCUUAACUGUCUCUCUUUUAAAAAGAGACCCUCCAAGAUCUGCAACUGUCCCAGAAUGGCUUAGUAGCAAAAUGUGAUACACUUUUCUAAGUUUGUGUUUAGUUUAUGACUUGUGUGGGAAUUCAGCUGCAUGAUGUUAAUGUUGCCCUUUCUUUUUCAGCUGAAAGAAAACCACCAUUGUUUAACAUGAAUGCAAUGAGUGCUCUUUACCAUAUUGCCCAGAAUGAUCCCCCAAUGCUCUCUACUCCAGAGAACUGGUUAGUCAUAAUUCCAAACUAUUCUGCUUUUGUGGGUGACAAAGGAAAUGAUUAAUAAACAUACAGUGCAGUGUAUCAUAAUAAUAGAUCUACUCUUACAAAUGACAUCCACUCAUGGGAAAAAUAUCCAACUUACAUGUAAAUUUGGCUAUGUCCUAUGAAACCCUGCUGUGGUUGGACAUGAUGACCAGGCAGAUCAAACACUUAAGACUACAACUGUGAAAGGUUUGAACCCAGGAGUCGUUUCAUAAGUAGGUUGAGUAUGAUCGUCCGGGUCAACAUAGUCCUGAAUAGGACUGUUGUUGUUUACAGUGACUGACAUUUCUACAACCUUUGCAGUAGUCAUCUUCAGAGUCAAAGUGAGUUGCAUCACGUCAGUUGAUGGUAUUAAACCAAAGACUACAAUUUUAAUUUGGAAUACUGUAGUAAUUGAAGAAAUUCAAGUCAACAUACAGGCUGCAAUGUACAUAUAUGUCCAACAAAAUAUUCUGUUUUGACUGACUAAAAUAAUGUUGACCUUGUUGGACAUAUAUGUAUAUAUAUAUAUAUAUCCUUUUAAUUUGUGCAGCCCUGUAAUAUCAGGCCAGGAAAUUAAAAUUGUCUUUUUUAUGUGUGAAUUUAAGGUCUUCUUGUUUUGUGGAAUUUGUGCAGCUGUGCUUGAAAAAGCAGCCUUCUGUGAGACCAACAGCAGAAGAUCUACUGGAGGUAUAUAACAACAAAACAUUUAUGAUGAUCAAAUUUUAAUAUUGUUUGUGAGCGAUGAAUUAGUCAGUUCUUUAUUUGUGGAAUGAAACGCUUUGGAAUCAUGCUGUCUAGGCCUGUCAAUAAACAAAUCCUUGCAUAGUAAACUCAAGGGCCAAGUAUACCGAUGGCAUUGCAAACAUCUUUAAACUUCAUGUAUAGCCUUGAUACCCUUAAAGAUUCGUUAUCCUACAGUAUAGAUUCAAUUCUAGCAAUUAAACAUUUGCAUCAUGCAUCACUAACAAACUAUCUGUUCACCAUUUAUUUUAAAGGUUUUUUCUAGCUGCACUUUUCUGAAGGGGGUUUUUGUUGUUGUGUUUUAUAGCAUACUUUCGUAUCUCAACCAAGACCUGAAGGAAUUCUUUGCGAACUGAUUGAGAGAACAAAACAGUCAGUCAGAGCUCUUGACAAUAUGAAUUACCGCAAAAUGAAAAAGAUGAUUAUGAGCGAUCCAUCAGGGGAAGGAGAGGAGGGAGAUAGCUCAGUUGCUGAAACAGAAGAUGAUGAUGAUAAGUCGGAAGCAGUAAGUUUUUUCUAUAACAUGACUACAAGUAUUUACUUGUAGUAAGCAUAUUUUCCAUGAAUAGAAAUUCUACAAUUUUUCCCUGAGAUGAAAGGUUCACCUAGUUUGGUGUGUUUGUGUUUGUUUGUUUGCUUGUUUUCUUUUUUCAUUCCUUUGGAAGUCAUCUUGGGGACUUUAUGUGCUUCUACAUCGUACGUGUAGCUGGCAUAGGCCUCUACAUGUAUUUACACCCUGGUGCUUAAUAUGCCAUUGGUUGUCAAACUAAAGGCAGUUUACAAAAUAAAACGUCUUUAAACUCCAUUUUUAAAGGGUUUUUUUUUUGAUAAAGGAUUUGGACCAAUCUUAAGAGUUGCAAAUAAUUGCCAAGAAAAGUUUACAGUUUUACAUGUUCCUGACAUAGGACUUCUGUGUUACUUAGACUCAGAUGAAAUUUUGUUAUAAGGAUGUUGGUUAGAAAACAAAGAUGAAAAUAAUAAACAUGCUGCUUUGCAGUGUUCAUUGCAUUUGGUUAUUUCCUUCUUAUCUGGACCAAUACUUAAAUAAAUUCACUCUGUAACUUACCCUGAUUAGGCAGACUCUGCUGUCCUUACAUAUGAUUGCAGUGAAUUCUAGUGCACUUUGAUAGCAUGCAGAACCAGUUAGAAAUAUUUUCAGAAGAUACCUUCAACCUACUAAAGGUGCACUCUCUUUCUCUCCUCUCUCUGUACUCCAGUCAUUAUUCCUUGUUCCCAAGUCAGCAUGCCAUGUAAACUUUGAUGGGGUGUUGGACGAAGGGGAUGGGCCAUCUGCAUCAGAGGACAGCUUAGGAUUCUCUGAGGACUCCUUAUCUUCGUCUCAGUCAUCAUUUCUUCGAUACAGAACACCAAAGGUUCUGUUUGUUCAUCUGUUGCAUGUUCAUCCAAUGCAUGUUCAUACAGUCAUGCGCUCUGGACUCAUACUUCUAUUAAGUCAUUAUUUUUCUUUACGUACUUGCUUCUUUAUGUGACAGUAGUUGUGACAGCUGCAAAGAGAAGUGACAAAAACAAUUUUAAAUUAAAUCUGUCGUGGUAGAUGGAAUUACUUCUAUUUCAGCUUACUUGUUAUUGGUUCUGUGGAUAGAACUAUAUGUGUGUGCUUUAUCCUGUGUGUAAAAAGGGUGUUUACUUGCAAUGUAAUUUCUGUAUUUUUCUUUUAUGUGGACAUUUCAGUAUACCACUAGCAUACAUACUGUUUUGACAAUGUCAUGCUGUUUUCACUCAUUCACAAAAUCACCAAGGGCACCAGAAAUGAAACAAGUGAAGUCCCAACAAAGACUUAAAUCAAGCAAGUGGUGCCUGCAAAUUUCUGCCAUACAUCUAGUGUUUUUUUUUUUCAGUGAUUUUCCAGAGACUGUAAAUUUAGUAGCUUAUUGGAUAAUAUUCCUUUGACUCUACCUCUCUGAGAGUCAGUGAUGUCAGUCAUGGAUAGAUAGAUCACACUAACAUCGAAAUGGUGUACAAAAUCCUAUGAUGUGACCAUUCAAAUUAAGAAAUCUUUUUUAUUAUACUUUCACCCAGCAGUUAUGAUCUUUAACAAACUGAAUUUUUGGACUUGGUUUUUGUCUCGUUUAAGGGUAUCAUAGUGGAAGGUAACCUAAACUUUUCACAAUUUAAUAUGAAAAGGUUAAAUGAAUAAUUACACAGAGGUUACCUUUACGUUUGGUAAUUCAAAUCUAUAAUGUUUUUGUGUCAUAUUGUUUUCCAUUAGAGUGCAGAGCUUCCUAAUAAUGCCAAGAAGGCAAGUGUUAGUAGCGUGGCUAGUGUUGCAAGCAGUACAGACAGCAUGCAAGGUGUGGAUCAUGACAGUGAGACAGGACCAGCAGAUACUCCAUCCUUUGUGGUGCCUUCCAUAAGUGUAAGCAUUAGAAUAAUGUUUGGGGAUCUUAAGUUGCUGGACUCAAAGUCAGACCUGCAAAUAACAGAUGGUCAUCGGAAGAUGUCUGACUGAAAUUUGCCGAUGUCUCACAAAAUCUAGUGUGUUACAGGCACCUCCCCUUUUUUUUCCAUAAGAUCAUCCAUCGAGAAUGGGCCAAUACCCGCCCCCCCAUCAGUACAUUCGAAUCUAAUUACAAAAUGGUUGCCAGUGAUGGUGAGCCCUGGGGGUUUCCUGGUAGGGGUGUGCCGCCUGGUUCUCCAAAUCUUGACCCUAUUACAGACCAAAAAUAGUCGUUUUCCAAACCCAUUUUCAGACCUGACCUCCAAAAUCCACACUUGUUUUCAGACCCGGCCUUUAGGCAGAAAUUAUGUCAUAAUUACUUAGAUAAGAGCGCAAAAAAAAACUGGCUUAUAAAAGGGUGUACCCCCCCCCCCCCCCCCAGGUGGCUAGCGUUUGUUGAUUGUGCUGAAAAAUAGGAAACUGUGAACAGUCUACAUCAAAUUUAAUAUUCUGGUCGCUGAGUAUAUGUAUUUGGUAGGUGGGGAAUUGAAUAGUCAUGAAGUACUUUCGGUUCUAUUUUUCUUAUAUUAUUUCCUGUGAAAAAAGCUGGGAGAUAUCCCUAGGCCAUGGCCAUUAGUGGCAGCCCUGACAGUGUUAGUGGUUUUAGUGCACCCAAUUUGUAGUAUUUCUUUCAGUAAAUGACAGCUAAAUUUUCAAGUAAAAAGUGCCUCAAACUAAUUUAUUUUUCAAUCUAUAGUUAGCACAGGGCCGUGAAGAAGACGACAGAUUUGCAACCAUCCGUCCUCAGAACAUUAUUGCAAGACAGCACCAGGAGCACAUCAACAGGCAAAAUGAUGAGAUGAGAGAUCAGCUGGAGGUUUACAAGAAACUUAGACAGCAUCACCAGAGGGAAGUACAAAUACUGGAGAGCAAAUUACAGGCGGAGAUGAAUGAGCAUAGGAGAACACUCGACAAGGAAUAUGAUACACAGGUGUGUAAUAUUUAGUUUUAAAUUCCUCUUAAAUUGAUUACACCAGUCAAUGUCAGCAGUUAUUUCGUAAUGUAUAGGUAAGGUUGCUGGUGCUUAAAACAGAUCUUGCUGAGCAAUAGAAACUGUUUGAGAUUAUCUUUAGAAGUCAUUUUACAUCUGAGUAGGUUACGACCAAGUUCCAGGCCCUGGAAUCCUGGAAAUGUACCCUGGGCAUCUUCUGGAAUCUCUCUCUGUUUCAGUUGUUGUACCAACCCUGAUUUGAUAUUGUAAUGUCGUGUGGCUUAUGUUGAGCAGUAGAGGCUGUUGGACGAUUUCUUUAGAAUUUCCUUUAAAAUGUGAUUGGGUUAUUUCAUUUACGGCAAAAGAUUUGAGUUCCGAGGUAGGGUUGCAAGAAAACAUCUUAAGAUUAAGGGAACUCGUAAAUAUUAUUUCAAGGCAAUAGGUUGUUGCUCCAGAACAAACGUUAAGAGCCCUCAUAUCUUAAGAAGGUUUUAUGGAACCUAGCCUGGUCCAGAAAUUCGUAUUAUUGUACCCUGAGCAACAUUUUCUGUUUUUUAGUAGUAGUGCUGACCCUGAAGUGACAUUGUAAUGUAUCGUGUGAAUGCCCUUUGUUUUUAGGUGCAUCAGUUCGAAAGAGACCUGGACAGAUUAAGAGCAAGACAAAAGACGGAAAUGGAGCAAAAAUUAAAGCAGAUGACUGCUGAUGAGAAGAGACUGCUUAAACACAUUAAGGACAAGCAUGAUAAUGAUCUGAAAACUUUUGUUUCUGAUCAAAAGGCUGCCUACAAGGCUGCAAAGAACCAGUUCAAAAAGGUUAGUUUAGUUGACUCUCGCUGAAUUAUUUAUUUGGCGUUGUCGGAUUGCCUCACUACGUUGAUAGAGGCACGCAGAUGAGGCGUUCAUAAUAACUGAUGUCUUGGCUCAUUUGAAAUAGGCAAUAUAUUUGCGCUUAUAAUUUUCCGAAAAAGUUUAUUCAGAUGACAAGUGUAUUAGAACGAAGCACCGUCUUCCGGGUCCGGUGGAUCUACACCCCAACCUCUAGCCUGUGUACAGACGCCCCCAUCCCCUCAGAAAAAAAUUGGGGAGAGAGAGGUCUGUGAACUCUGUCACCGAUUUCUUCUGAGGGGAGGGGGGGCAUCUGUACACAGGCUACGCAGCCGCCCGCUUAACCCUUCAUGCCGCAAUAUCCACAUACAAAUUCUCCAGACAUUUCCUUAAAGAGUUUAUUGAGAGAAUCUGAUAAAAUAUCUUCGUACUUUCCCUUUGAUAAUCAUUUUAUUGAAUUCUCAUAACCUUUUCCUAUGACGAUGUGAGACUAUUUUCGGGAGAAAAUUGAUGUUAGCAACUCUCGGGAAUAAACGUCUAGCUUUCAAGUAACCUAUCCAACCCUGACGCCCUUCUAAUGAAGCCUUUCUCAUCGACUGUGACCUUUUUGACACACCACUUUUAUCCUUGUAGGACCAGAGUCAGCGUAUGUCUUAUCAGGGAAGGAAAACUUCAUUUCAAGCUGCUCAAGAAACUGCACUGCAGGAAAAGAUUCAUGAGCAUAACAUUGUGCGCAAUGCUGAACUCAGAAAGUUUCGCAGAGAGCAGCUCUUGCAAAGGCAAAACUUGGAAAAAGUACUUCUUACUGAGGUGAGAAGGACCAGUGUUAUUAUAUAGUUUGCACCGUAUUAUUUCUGUUUACCCUUUAAGUCCCAAGAUCCACAUACAAAUUCUCCUGACUGAUCUCCAUACAUUUCUUUUAAGAACAGUUGAGAGAAUUUGGUUUAAAUUCAACGCGUUCUUCCUUUGGUAAUCAGUUUACUAAUUCUCAUAACCUUUACUCUUGAUGAUCUGCUAAUGUUGUAAGGAGAAAAUUGAUGUUGGUCACUCUUGGGACCUAAGGGUUAAGGUAAUAGGAUAGGUUUAGUCUCAUGGUAUUUCUUAACGAUAUUAGAGCCAGCUCAGUACCCUGAGUGACGUGCAUUCAGUCGCAAAGAAAUCUAAUAGGCCAUUCGUUUGAGGUAGUCUAGUAAGGCCAUAAAAUUUAACUAGUUGGAGGUCUAUCGUAAUCGAAGGGACUUUUAUAACGAAUCAAUGAUCAUUGAACAAGGCUUCUUCUGGAGAAAAGAAAUGAUAUAAAAUAGGUGUUGCAGCCAAAAAAAAUUGGCGCUCAAAACAUCCGUUUGCCUGCCAGGUCUUUGUUGGCAUUCACAGAACUGGAAUUUCAAAUUUCUUCUUUUUGUUUCAUAGGAGAUGAACAUGUUAGAGAGUCAAAAGGAGCUGUCACAUCAGAUGCUUAUCAGACAUCAUGAUUGUACCCAAGACAUGGAGUUUAGACAUCUGAAUGCCGUGCAUAGACUGAGAAGAGACCAACAGUACAAACAGCAUCAAACUGAACGGACAUCUCAAGAGGAAUAUAACAAACGAGUAGAGAUGGAGCUUAGAAAAAAGCACUUGUUUGAGCUCAAGAUGCAGCCCAAGACACUCAAGGUAAUGAAAGAGUGAAACGUUGUGAGGAAAGUCGCGUUUAUGAGCUGAGGUUUCCCCUCACACUAACACUGCGUCCGAGUUUUGGUGGCUGAUAGCUAGAGCCCGUUUUGCUGGUCUCUGCGGUCUGGCUCGCUUUGCGGAGUUGACUUUUACCCUGUUGUUACAUGCACUUGAAGCGAGCCAGCCGCAACAGUGAGAUUGAAAGCAGUGCGCAUGAGCAGUGUGUUACCCGCUGUUCUGAUGCUUGUUUAGUUCGCCGGGAUGGCCCGGUGAGCGUGAUGACAGGGAAAAUUUCCAUUCCGCUUGGUUGUCAUGUAAUCACAAAGUUGAUUUUUUUGCAUUUAAUUGAUGUCUCGAGAAAGCGACAAAUCGAGCCAACCCAGUUCGUGGAAUGAGCCCCUAGUUCUCCAGCAACUUUCAAAAGUCAGCAGCUUUUUGGACUUCAGUUGUAUUUUUUAUAAAGUGAUAAAUUAGUUUAUAGAGUUCCCCACCAACCGCGGCUCGAGCAGCGAACAAUGGCCUAUUAUAUUUGUUUUCUUUGAAAUUGGUUUCUUAUUACGUGGGAAGUCAUUGCCAGACUGUUUUGGUUUUCCUUUUCAGAUUUUUUGUGUUAAAAGAUAAAGAUAUCUCACACCAGUUUCUUAACGACGUCAAGGUCUGCUGCAAGUUCUUAUCUUUUUGUUUGUUUUAUAUCAGGCGCGGGAAAUGCAUAUAAAGAAGCAAUAUAGAAACGCUAUCAAGACCCAGACGCUACAGUACAAAGCUCUUCAAAAGCAGAUCCUGGAAAAAGCGCCUAAAGAGAAACAUAAGGAGCUUACUAAGCAGCUACGAGAGGAAAAAAUGAGAAAAAUGGCGGAUCUGUCAGUGCAAUACGAUCAAAGUAUCUCUGAAAUGCUGCAGAGACAAACGGUAAGCGACAAAUGAGGGUUUUAGUACCGUGCAAAAUGUUUUAAUUUCUUAAACUUGAGGAAGCUACGGGAGAGAAAUUUGGUAUUAGCUCUAAGUAUGGCAGAGGCUUGCAAGAAGUAUAAGUGGUUCACAGAUGACAGAUGAAUUGGGAGUGUUUGUUAGUUUUGACAACAGCUGAGUUCUCAUUUUGGUUCCAUCCGUUAAUAACCGAUGGGCAAAUAAGGAAAUGUGUGGUAGCACAAGAGUAGCCUGGGUGGGUACCUUAGUCUCCUUAAAACUCUCCCUGGUGUGUUUUCAGAAAUCUGUUAAGCUUUGAACAAUUGAGCACGAACCAAGACGUUGCUGUUACAUAAGCAAUUGGAGCAAACACGCCGCUCUUUUCAACCACUCAGAACGACUUCUCCGCGCUCGGUACCGGUCGCAUCUUUCCCGCCAUUCACAUUGCAUUUCAUUGGUCUCUUGCGGUUCUCCUGAAUUUACCAUUUGCACUUUUUAUGUUCUUGCUUAUGACAUUUACUGUUGCCAUGACUUCUAACACUGCACCAGUCAGACCUAACAUGUAAUCAACCCAUUUUUCUUUCGUAACUAAUUCAUCCUGCUUUUCCUUCGGUCCUUAGCUGAAGCUCGAUGAAAAUCAAGUCAGUGAACAGGAGUCCUUACGAAUAAAACUCAAGCAGGAGCAGGAAAUGCUGAGUGCUUACCAGAGUAAACAGGCCAAUCAACUGAGGGCUCAGCACGAACGCGAGGAAAAGGACCUUCAGGAUAAGGUCUCCGUUAGAAGGGCCCUCUUGGAAGAAAAGGUGAAAGCUUAGUAUUUGAUGAUAACGCAAAAGUGAUAUGUCUAAUUUCUGUCAUAUUGUGGCGUUAAAACCCCACAGUGAUUAAGGAAUCUUGGAACAUUUGCAGUUUACGGCGGAAUAUAGUAUUUGAAAGCAAACGGCACCGUCGGGUUUUCACUGGCAUGUCUUCUGUUGGAUAGGUAUUCUUAAAGAUUCAUAUUUGUAAUAACGGAUUGGAAAAAGAGCGCCAGAACCACAGACACCAGAAAGGAGCCUAUUGACCUUGUACAUGAUGACUUAGUUUUAGUUUAGGAGGUGAAACUCAAAGUGCUUAAAGUUCUUGAGUUGCUUGACGAGAUGUACGUUUUUAUAUAAUAACCAGUUCUUAGUAAAGCGGUAUUUUCUAUUACCUCGUUUUCAGCUCCUUUCUGAAAACGAGGUAUAUUGUUUCAGUUGAGCUCUCUUGACUUCGCCCUUUGACGAGAUAAUCUUAGUGUUUUCUUUAGGGCGGUACGUACAUGUAACUUUUGUGAACCUGUUGUUUGUUUGUUCGUUAGAUGUUUCAAGAGACCACCAGGCUACAGGACUUUAGUACUCAAAAACAAGAAGAGCUAGAACUGAAGCACUCUAGAGAGAUAGAGAACUUCGACACCAACUCACACGCAGGAGAUACUUACUCACUGAAACACCGCUCCGUUAGUACCAUCAGUAAUUCGAGCACAGGCAGCACAAGAAGCGCAGAAAAUAAUGGUACAGUAGUUCAACAACAACAGACCGCUGACGAACGAUUGCGCGUCAGCGCAGGACCCAUGCGAGUUUAAGGAGUGACCUGGCUGGAAACGAGCCAGUUACAAUUUAUAAUAUAAAGUACACGGUGGUUCGCUCGCUCGCUGGCUCGCUUGCUCGUCAUUGAAACGGAUUUAUCAUGAAUCAGAGUAAUAUUAUCUUUUUUUCAAAGUCUACGAGGAAUUUAUUCUGCGUUGUUCGUCAUCGUCUGGUCCACGGAGCAGGCACGUGAUUUUUCUUGCGCGGUAUCCGCGCGUGGAGUCGCCUUUGGUCAAGAACAUUGCGUGACCAUGACUGUCUCUCUCGUGAUUAAACAGCGGAGUUCUUGUCACGGGUUUAGUUUGAUAGGGCAGUUGCAUUCCAGAACGUCAAAUGCUCUGCCACAUGUGGAUGGUCUAUAUUGUGUUACAAGCAUACGUUGUUGUAUUCCGUUAUUGGACUGGACAGUUACUUUACGAUCAUAUUUUCGUCCAUCUCAAACCCGAAGUUAGAGCAAGGAAAGGAGCACUAAAUCAUCAAACAAGAAGUUGUAUGGAACGAUCGGUGCUUCAAAGUUUGAAAUAACAAGAGGUAGCUGUUUUCAAGAGCUUACUUGUGUAGUUUUGGCCGAUGUGUUUGGAGUAAACCUUGUACAAGUGGCUCCUAAAUGAAAUAAUUGCGUUUUUUAAACAGAAUAAGCUGAGAUGACCAGUAUCAGAUGUUGUAUGUUGUCUAUUUUUGUAUAGUCCUAACGAAAAUAAUAUUCUUUAUUCCUAAGCUCUAAAUCUUUAGAUCUGCUUGGUUUUUAACGUGUCUUCCUGCUUCUUGAGUUUGUUGUCAUGUAGCAGAAAUAUCCGAAGAUUGACUAAAUUUUGAAAGGAAAUUCCAAGGUGAAAUUUUGAAUUGAUCAUGCUUCAGUUAAAAAGCGACCAACCUAUUAUAUUCUAUAAUAUAUAAUAAUCUAAUUUUCCCAGUUUUAUGUUUUAACUGUAUGAUCUUAUUAAGUCAUUCCCCCCAAAACUCUCCCCCUCCCCCUCCUCCACCCCUUAUUCCCAAAACAGUAAAUAAUAGUUAUUGAAAUUUCAUAAUUUUAAUUUUCGUUUGAACGCUAAAUUUUCUUCGGUACUUGUCGAGCGGAACUGCCUGUGCUUAUUAAAGUUUGUUUUUAAGCACUUCAGGUCAUGUAGAUCUUGCGGCAUAUGUAUUUAUGUUUACCAAAGGACUGGAUUACGCGCUCUCAGACGAUUUUCGCAAACACUAGAACUAAACCGUAGCCAUAAAGAUAUCGUGGACGUAAAAGUCCUGUCCUAGGUGUAUUCAUACACUGUAGCACAUCUCUGUGGUGCCAUAGUACCGCUCAGUAGCUUUCAUCAGAUGGCAACUUUUCUGUCACGGUUUGCCACUUCCUACUCCACAGACUUUGACUUCACGUUUCCACUAGCUUCCCCGAAAAGGGGCUUAAGAAUCUCUGAAGAACGCGCGACCCAGUCCUUUCAUGACUCGUCCCAUGUAAGUGAAACCAAGAUAGUGUUGGAUUCUGGAUUCUGGGCACUGGAUUCCAUAUUGUUUAUCAGUGGAACUUGGAUUCUGGUUUCCGCAGCAAACAUUUGCCAGAUUCCGGAUUCCAAACUUUCACGGAUUCCGGAAUCGGGAUUCCGGAUUCCCUUACAAGGGGCGUCAAGUUAAAAAAGCAGAGAAAAAAUGUGGAAACGCAAGUUCUUUUCUGAUGUUCAUACUACAGCAUUGGAUCGUCUUCUAUAGACCUGUUAGAGAUCGUGUCUGGUAGUAUCGUUAUUAAGAAAGUAUUACCUUUUCUCCCCAAAACCUGAAAUUGUUUACCUUGAUUUGUACAUAGUCAAAUGCCCGGCGCUCUACAAACCCAAAUCGAUUCCUAUAUUUGAAUGCGGAGCCACUUCAUUGAGUAUGGGAGGGUGUCGCAUUUGGUGACCAAUUCUCAAAAGUAACAGCUCAUGAUGCUGUUGUCUGCAUGUAAAUAUUUUAAGCCAAUGAAUUUGAAUUAUAAAAGUAGGCAAUAAAGAUUUUAUUUCAUC